AUGGCAAGGAUAAGACUCCCGAGAAGGAGCAGGAAAAACAUCCAGCAGACGACACAGAAACCAAUGAGACCUUCAUCACCAUUUCCCACCACCGUUCAGCGAACCCGUCGCAUUGAUCCGGCCAAAACGAUCGAGAAGACCAUCCAAAGAUCAACCAAAAAGCGGGAGACGACGGAUCAGGAGAUUCAGUCGGAUAGACUGGACGAUUCCAGCAGAUAUCUUCGCUACAGUGCAGGCAGCAGUAUAGGCUCUACAUAUAGUCCACACAGGGAUAGGAUCAGCAGUCUGCGUUACAGCGCCAGUCCAUUGAACAGUUCAGGAUCAGCUAAGUCCAGUUCAGUGGGUGAAGGAAAACAGAUUCAUUCAAUACCAGAAGCCGUGUCACCAGCUAGAACAAAUGGUUCUGUGAGCUCGGCCAAGUCCUCCGAAGCCCUGUCACCGCCAAGAACAAAUGGCUCUGUGAGUUCUGCGAAAUCCACUGAGCUCCUUUCGCCACCGAGAAGUAAUGGUUCAGUGAACACUUCAAAGUCCCCAGAAGCUGUCUCACCACCCAGGAUAAAUGGCUCUUCGAGCUCUUUAAAGUCCACAAAGUCCAAGCUCUCACCGCCAAAGGUCAUACGCUUGAACUCACGGCAGUCUUCGGUGGAGAACUUGGUGAACAAACCGCCGGCACCACCCAACAAGGCGGAUUCACCCACCAAGACCUGCAGUUCCAGUUCGGGCAGUUCGGCGGUAAAAUGGCCGAACAAGGACUUUCGCAAGUCAUCUCUAAACGUGGGACCCACGGACAGGCCUCGAAAGUCGCGAACUCCGAGUAGCGGCGGGGAAUCUGAGGAUCUACCCAAUGGUAGUAGUUUGGAGCGAUCACCCAGUGCCGGAUCCGAGGGUAGUUUAGCUUCGGCUGGUUCCUCCAAGAAGUCGAACAAACUAAGCAACGGCAAGAUGUCAGGUGCCACUUCAAAGCCAAAGAGCCACAAAUCGUGCAGCGAAACCACCACCACCACCGGCAACUCAUCCUCGGCCACCGCCUCCGCUUCCGAUAGCGAGCAGCGGGUCAAGACCGUGAAAAAGCAGGCCAAAAAGAAGGGAGGAGCUGGCAAGGUCGCCGUCGCCACCGCUACCGCCCACAACAAGCCAAAUAGCACCACUGAAUCACCGCCCGCCGUGGCCGAUGUGGUGCCAGCGACACAAACAAGACUGAAGAAGCUAUCGGCGGUAUCGAAUUUUUUCGCCAGCCGUCAGCAAGACGCAAAUAACGAGCCGAUCUUCCUUGAAAGCUCCGAGAGCUCGGGCGAACCGGAGGCUCUUUCGCUGCCAGUGAUCUCGGGCAUGUCGAAAAUCUCUGGGAUCAGUCUGAAUACAGAUUUGCGAACGAACGAACCGCGAACGACGCCAUCGAGCGAAGCGAAACCCUCACCCCCAACGAAUUCCCAGAGUUCGAGCACACGUUGUCCGCGGGAGAGCACCACGGGAACAGGGACUAGAUUGCCCACCACCACCAGCAUCAGCACCAUUAGCACCACCCAGGAGACGAGUCUCACCACGACUGCCAGUUUGACCACCUCCGAGCAGGACGAUCCCAGUUGGUGGCAGGACACCAGCUUGCAGAUAAACACGGCCUCUGCUUUGGAUCAGAAUAAUCGAGGAGAGAUGCCGCCGUACAGGCUGAGGCACAUCGAUUCUGGGGAGGAGCAGGCCUGGUGGCUGCGCCAGGAUGAGCAGGGCGAUGAGGACGACACUCUGGCGGAGGAGACCCUCAAUCCGCUGGAUGACGAUGCCGCCCAGGAGCCGAGCAAAGGCACCUGGUGGAGCCAGGAGGAGCAGGACUCCAGCAGUCAGGUGAAGCUGAUGCCCAGAAGCAGGCUGUCGCCGGAAAAGGAUGCCUGGUGGCUGCAGGAGGAGGAGGAGCAGGCCGAAGAGCCUCCCAAGGAGAAUGUUAACGAUGUCAACAACAACAGCGAGCCACAUGUAGAGGUGACCCUGAAAUUACCCUCGAACGGCAGUCAGCGGAGUUCUAAGGCCAGUGCCUCGAAAAGUGGAGGCAGCUCCAAGAGCAAUGGCUCCAAUCCUUGGUGGCUAUCCGGACCCGCCCGAAAGAUGUUCAAUGUGCAGCGCGUGGAGUCCGGCGAAAGAGCCUGGUGGCAGGAAGAGCCCGAGGAGCCACCUCAAGAGGAAAAGGAGAGCGAACCGCCGCCGGUGAAGCCACCCACUCCACCACCGCGAAUUAUCAGACACUGGGAGUCCGGGGAGCGGGCCUGGUGGCUGCAGGAGGACUCAGCUCAGCCCGCGGACGAGGAUGUGGAGCAGCCAGUGAGUCAGCAGGACUCCAGGGAUGAAGUGGAUCGGAGGCUGGCUGCACCACCACCACAUACAUUGGCAUCUCAAGAGCUGAGCAGUUCCUUCAACUUUAAUGCCUCCUCAGAACGACCUCCUCCCUUGGGUCAAUGCGCCAGUCCCGUGCGCUGCCCCUCGCCCUACGACAACAUUCCAAGGUCGCAAGUGCAGGAGGCACCACCACCGCCCAUGCCCAUGCCCACGCCCACCCUGACCCCCCUGCAGCCGCGCUUUUCACCACAAACACGACGGGCCGGCGAAAAGCUCUUCAUCUCGCGGCACCAAAACAUCGACGAGCUACUGGGCGGGGCCUGCCGCCCCCUCAGUCCACUUUUCUACGGAAACACUCAUCCUGCGGAGGCUGAGCUCACUCCUUUGGCCAGCAAGAACAUGUUCCUGCUCGAGGAGGUCACCCCCGACCAGGUGCGAAUCCACGACAGCACCGCCCAACUGCCGGUCAUCCAAAGAAUGCAGCGCGAUGUCGAGUGGUUGGAGAAUGGCAGCAGCUUUUACGAGCAACCCAAACAUCAACAACAACAACAGCAACAACAGCACAUCAGCAGCCGCGCAGGCGUCUUUGGACCUCCGACGAGUUCAAUGUCAGUGUGCGACAAGUGUUUGAGCCGAGUCUUCAAGUCCAAGUCCAAGUCCAAGUCCGACUUGAAGAGCAACUCCGGCGGCAAACAGAGUCCAUUAGAGUCACGUUGUGAACAACAAUUAUGCGGGGAUACAAGGGGCAGGGAGGAGAACUACGGCUACCGGCCAGAGACCACUCAAGAACCUCGUUAA